AUGUCAGAAGAAUUCAUUGGACAUAGACCACUUAAUGUUGUUGACGAAGAGGUAUUCAACUUGUGCAAGAGAGAAAAGGCAAGACAAAAGGAUGGUUUAGAGUUGAUUGCCUCUGAGAAUUUCACAUCGAGAGCUGUCAUGGAGGCUCUCGGUUCACAUUUCACUAAUAAAUACGCCGAAGGUUACCCAGGUGCACGUUACUAUGGUGGUUCUGAGGUUGUCGACGAUUUGGAGAAUCUCUGUGUAAAGAGAGCUUUGAAGUGUUUCCAUCUCGAUGAAGCAUUGUGGGGUUGCAACGUACAACCAUACUCUGGUUCACCUGCCAACUUUGCCGUCUACACCGGUCUCUUAAAACCACACGAUCGUAUCAUGGGUUUGGAUUUACCAUCUGGUGGACAUUUAACUCAUGGAUAUCAAACUGAUAAGAAAAAGAUCUCUGCAAGUUCAAUCUAUUUCGAAUCGAUGCCAUACCAAAUCAAUGCUACUGGUUAUGUUGAUUAUCAAAGAUUAGAGGAGAACGCUCUUUUGUUCAAACCAAAGUUGAUUAUUGCCGGUGGUUCAUCGUACCCAAGAGAAUGGGACUACAAGAGAAUGAGAGCAAUUGCCGAUAGAGUAGGUGCCUAUCUUAUGUGUGAUAUGGCUCACUACAGUGGUUUGGUUGCUUCCAAACUCUUGGACUCACCAUUCAACUAUUGUGAUGUCGUAACUACCACCACUCACAAGACAUUGAGAGGUCCACGUUCCGGUAUCAUCUUCUUCCGUCGUGGAAAGAGAGUCACCGGUGACGGUAAGCCAUUGGAGGACUACGAUCUCGAAGCAAAGAUCAACUUUGCCGUUUUCCCAUCGCUCCAAGGUGGACCACACGAGAACGUCAUUGCUGGUGUCGCCGUAGCCUUGAAGGAGGCUUCACAACAAGAGUACUACGACUACUGUGCUCAAGUACAAAAGAAUGCCAGAGCAAUCGGUGAGGCACUCAUCUCCAAGGGUUACAAGUUGGUCACCGGUGGUACCGAUAACCAUUUGAUUCUCUGGGAUCUUCGUCCACAAGACGUCACCGGUAGCAAGGUUGAGAAGGCCUGUGACUACGCCGGUAUCACCGUCAACAAGAACGCCGUCUUUGGUGACACCAGUGCCUUGACACCAGGUGGAGUCCGUAUCGGUGCACCUGCACUCACCUCUAGAGGUUUGAAGGAAUCUGAUUUCGUUCAAGUCGCAGAGUUUUUGGAUCGUAUCGUUAAGAUUUGCAUUGAUGUUCAAUCAAAGACCGGAAAGAAGAUGGUUGACUUUACCGCUGCACUUCCAGAAAACGAACAAAUCAAACAAUUAAGAAAAGAAGUCGAACAAUUCUCAAUUAAAUUCCCACUUCCAGGUUUCUAA